UUAGUAAAAGAAAUAGUCAUCUUGACAACGCAAAGGGGGAGUAGAUGGUUCCGUUGCAUUCAACAUUCAAGAGGAAAACAAAACCUUUUGGAGCUGGGGUUGAACGAAUUAUAAACUUACAAAGUGGCCAUUUGUGUCAUAGAUUUAAAUUAUGAAUGACAAACCAUCGACAUCUAAAGAAGACGACGCUUCACUCCCUAAACAAAUUAAAAUUGAUAGUGCGAAGCCGGCUCAAGGGCAAAAACCUUCAAAUUCGUAUGCAAUUCUUGUUAAUUCUAAGCAGAAAGGCAAUCCCCUUCUGAAGUACAUCAGCAAGCUGCCCUGGGAGUACUCGCCAAUCAUCCCAGACUACGAGAUGGGUCCACGGGUAUGCGCAUUGUUUCUUUCAUUGAGGUACCACCAGUUGAAUCCGGAUUACAUUCACAAUCGGUUAAAGCUUCUCGGGAGCGCUUAUCAGCUCAGGGUUCUUCUAGUUCAGAUUGACAUUCCCGACCCAAAUUACCAACUGAAAAACCUCACGAGAAUAUGCAUCCUGGCGGAUUUAACAUUGAUGCUGGCAUGGAGCACCGAGGAAGCUGCACGGAUCAUAGAAACUUACAAAUCGUUUGAGAACAAGCCACCUGAUAUGAUUAUGGAGCGUGUGGACUCUGAUCCACAGCAAAGAAUUAUGAACGCAUUGACAACUGUCAGAUCGGUCAACAAAACCGAUGCUCUGACACUGAUGAGAACAUUUGGAUCUCUGGAAGCUCUUUUGAAGGCGACUCCAACCACAAUUUCCCUCUGCUCUGGCUUCGGAGCUCAUAAAGCUGAAAGAUUGCAUAAAGUGCUACACGAACCCUUUAUUCCUAAAACCCCCUGGAAAGAUCGCCCAGACUCCUCCACAGCCACUUCAGGGCCUUCCGAAGAUACCCCAGGGUCUUCACUCUCGUGACCUCUUUCAUCUCCAGACCCCUAGCGACAUCCUUUAUAUUUUCAUAUGAAUAAAUUAUUAAAACAAAAACUUUAUAAUUAAAAUAUUUCAUUCUGGCCUUCAAAAGAAAAAAAUAAAAAAAAUAAAUCGAACAA